AUGCUAAAAGAGUUGAACAGAAAAAGUUUGAAGGUCGGCUUGAGCAUGAAUCUUAAGAAGACGAAAGUCAUGUUAAAUGAACAAGUCGAAAUCGACGACGAAGACCAACAGAUCCAAGUCGACAACAACACAAUCGAAGUUGUGGACCAUUACAUCUAUCUUGGCCAACACAUUUCAUUGCAGAAUGCGUCCAAAGAACAAGAGAUCAAAAGGAGAAUUACACUUGGAUGGCAGGCCUUUGGCAAAGCGAGCGCAAUCUUCAAAAAUAAAGAAUUUCCAUUGGUCCUAAAACGACAAGUCUAUGAUCAGUGCAUCACACCCACGGUCACCUACGGGUCAGAGACUUGGAAUCUCACGAAAAAACAACUCCUCAAGCUUAGAUCCAUGCAAAGAGCACACAAGAGAAUUAUGCUCGGCGUCACAUGGCGCGACCACAUACCAUCUGUGCAAAUCCGCGAGCAAACUAAAAUCAGAGAUAUCCUCAAAGUUAUCAAUAAAGCAAAAUGGACCUGGAUGUGGAGUGAAUUGAAAUGUGAUUCAAUCCCACGAGUGGCAGUGUUAACGGUGUGUCGGGUUUGUGCUAUAGUGUGGAGGAGGUUCCACCUAACGAGGUCAAGCAGCGAAGCUUUCUCUUGCUCUGAUCUCAACCUCCUACUUGAGAGACGUGCCGCAGGGCAGCGGAGAUGCUUUUAG